AUGGCCGCGCUCCUUCUAAUUCAGCUAAAGGACCUACUGGACAGGCACAAUGAAGCUCUUUUGGAGGUAGUAGCUGAGGCUUUCAGACCUCUCACUGUUCAUACUACUGCUCUGGCUGCUCUAACUACUUGUGAAAAUAUGAGUGCGGCAGACACGUUUGGCCCGAGGCAGGCGCCAUCUUUAACCCUAACACCAGGACAUUUCUUAUUGCACUAUAGUAAGAAGGAGAUUGCUGGCAGAGAACUAGGUUCCGCUUCCAUAUUACAGGAGCCACAACUAGAUGCGCUCUACAAAGAUGGAGAAGAGGUAGCGCUGACAGACACCCUUCGUCGCAUUACAGGAUGGCUUUGGGCGGGAGACUCACGCAUGGCUGCCACUUCCCAGCUACCCCGCCAACUUCUCCAUACGGCAUGUGACUCAGGCCGCCCUAUUGAUCCAUGGCUUAACCUUUCUUACAUGGAACCAACUACGUGGAAAGACUUACCUAGAGAUUUUUUUUUAAAAGGCCAAACUGCUUUACAUAUUGCAAUUGAAAGAAAGCUAGAAAACAUAGUUCAGCAUCUUGUGAAGGACGGAGCGGAUCUGGACAUUGAAGCAGAUGGACAGUUUUUCCAGAUACAAAAAGAUAGAAAUGACUGGUUUUAUUUCGGUGGAUAUCCCCUUUCAUUAGCUGCAUGCACCAAACAGCAAGCAAUAGUACAAUUUCUAAUCUGUAAUAAGUUUAAAUGUGCAAACAUUUAUAAUAAAGACCAUUUGGGGAAUACAGUCCUACAUGCUUUGAUUUUGAGUGCAAAUGAUUCCCAGGAACAUUGUGAUGAUUUGAUGAUAAUCUAUAAUAAGAUUCUCAAUGAAAGUGUGAAAAAAAUGCAAAAGGAUAGCACACUUAAAGCACUGGAAACAAUUAAAAAUAAUGAAGGGUUAACUCCUCUUCAGCUUGCUGCAAAAAAUGGCAAAGUCAAGAUUUUGAAGCACAUUCUGCAAAGGAAUUUUGAUGAAGAUGGAUCUGGCAUGAAACAGCUUUCAAGAAGAAUUUUGGAAUGGAAUUAUGGCCCUAUAUUCUGUUAUUUGUAUGAUUUGUCUGAAGUUGACACAGUAGAGAAGAACUCUGUACUUGAGAUCGCUGUGUACGGAAAAACACACAAUGAUGACGAAAGUGGGAGCCAGUGA